AUGAAGGGCGUCGGGAGCGCGUCGGUGGGGAAGAAGAUGGUGGGGAGGGGGGGCGCCAAGCCCAGUGCCGCCGGCGGUGGGGAGAUGAAGGGUGUCGGGUGCCGCCGAAGGUGGGGAGCUUGGAGGGGCGUCGGGGCAGGCGAGUACAGGAUUUGGGUUUGGGGAAUUUUGGAUGGAGAGGGGUCGCGGGGCCCACAUGCAGGUCACGGAAGAAAAUCCAUUGGUGGCGCAGUCCUAGGAUCAGCACAAAGAUGCCUCCUGGUCGUGAGAAGGUUGGAGUCAAAAGGCCACAUGGACCUCAGCUAUCAGAGGAAUAGGCCAAGUCAUAGAAAUAGUGAGGACUCUGAGUCUGAUUAUGACAUUUCACAAGAUGAGACUGGUGAUAACAAUGUUAAGGGCUCAAAGGAAUGUAACAUAAGAACUACUGAUAAUUCUCUUGGUGCAAUCAAGCUCUGGUCUAAGAGAGUUUUUGCGCAACAAGAAACUACUAGAAUUACAAGGUCAAAGAAAAAUAUUGCUCAACCUGAUGCAACUCUUACACCAAGGCACAACAUUGAUUACCACACACAGGGUAUAGUUGAAGCUAAUGGCCAUGCCCAUUUGGAUGAGAACACUAACAUGACCAAUGAAGGUCAUGUUGCUCCUUUUGAUGGGAAGAACCCUACAGGCAAUGAAGAUAAUGUGGAUGUCCUAGCUGAUAACAACAUGACGAUUGGAGGUCAAGUUGAUGACACUAAUCAGAUGUCGAACGGAGAUUUAGAAUUAGGUCAGAAUGAUCGGUGGGAAAGGGGAAUCAAUAUGGGACAUGGUCUUCAUAGAAUUAACCGAGGUUUGCGUGGAAAGUUGCAAGUUGUUAUUCCUGAAGGGAAGAUAAGGCCUAUGGCACCACUUGUUGCUGCUAAGUUUGCAACUGAAUGCAACAUUGUUGUGAGGAACCAUGUGCCAGUGUUCAAACAUUGGAAGGAUUACAAGAACCAUUCAGGCCUAUUCAAUCUAUUUACAGGAAAACUUAGUGCAAAGUUUGACAUUAACACAAGUGAUGCACCAGUUCAAAAGGCUUGUUCCCAGAUGAUGAAGAGUGCAGUUCGACAACAACGAUACCGGCUCAAGAAAAAGUACUUUGAUCCUUUUCCGCUACAUCUAGUGGCAAAAAAAUCUCCAAUCAGAUCUAUGACUGAUGAAGAGUGGAAUGAACUUGUGGAGUAUUGGAAGAGUCCAAAAAAGUGGUAUACAUCUCAAAAAAACAAAGAGAAUCGAUCCAAAGUUAAAUUCCAUCAAACAACUGGCUCUCGUAGCUACAUGGUUCAUGUAGAAAAUUUGGGAGAUAAAUACAUUGAUCAAGAACCUGAUGCACUGGAUUUAUUUAAGGAGUGUCACUACAGCAAGAUAAAGAAAUGCUAUUCAUCUUCUGUUCAACAAGUUAUAACUGAAAUAGAAAACAAGUGGUCUACACCAACAGAAGGUGAACAAGAAAUGUUUGUGACUGAAGUUGUUGCUGAUGUACUUGCUCAAAAUACAAAGAAAAAUUUGUUCCUUCAAAAUGUGGGGAUACAAAGUGCUUAUCCAAGGUCUAGUGUAAGAAAUAUCGAAGCACAACUUGAAGUAGAGAAGAGAGCAAAUAGUGCUCUUCGAUCUGUUGUCAACACCCAACGGGAGGAACUAGAAGUAUUGUCAAAGCAAAUGCAUGAAGCAGAAGAGUCACGGAUCAAGGAGCAAGAGGAAUUGAAGAAGAGGCAAGUUGAGAUGGAAGCAGAGAUGAAGAAGAGGCAAGCUGCCAUGGAUGCCAAGCUCCAACUUUUGUUUAGUAAAUUUCAACCACGUUAGUUGCAUGUGUGGUAUGUGAAGUCAGGUUCAAUAUAGGUUUUGGUGUUGUAGUCUUAUGUUAUUACUGUGAUGGAGUGACUUUGGAUGGCAACUUGAUUUGUGUUGGAAUGAUAUUGGUUGGCAAUUUUAUCCUUGUGAUGUUAUUAUA